AUGGCAUCGGAGCAGAGCUUCGCCUGCGACCUACGCAGCGAGGCCAAGGAGUCCAUCCGCGACAAGACCUCUCGAGUGAAGUGGGCGCAUGGUGCGUCCUAUGGACCUGGUCGUCGGGCUGAGGAGAACCGUCCUCGACCCGCCCGGGUCGCUGCAGUGCCAAAAGCACUGAAGAGCUCCGCCGGCAUCGACAAGAACCGCACCGCCAUCAGAAACGACAUCGCGUACGCUAGUGGCGAUUCCUCAGCCGACGAGGACGUCGAGCACCCUUCCGUUGCCCCCGUCCCUGACGCUGGUGUCGCCUACUCCUUCGACGCUGAGCGCGGACCCAGCCACGGCAGCCAGAUCCUGGGCCUCGCCCUUGCGAAGGCCAUCGAGAGCUACGAGGUCCGCCAGACCGAUAAGCUUAUCAAGGAGGAAUAUGAGGUGCUCCGCCUGGACGACGACGCCCUGUCUCCAGGCCCAAAGGCUGCUCGAAAGGGCGUUGCGCCCGAGGACGAAGACUACGAAUUCAUCGAGGCAUGA